AUGAGUGGCCCAGGAGUUGGUUUCGAGUACCCUCGCCAGGAGGUCUCCUGGUUGCAGCGGGAUGUCCUCCUCUUCGCAAACAGCUUGGGAUGCAAAGCUGAAGAAUUGCACUUCCUAUACGAAUUGCACCCAAAUUUUGCCAUGUUUCCCACAUACCCCGUCAUCCUCCCUUUCAAAAACACCACGCAAGAAGUGAUUGACUUUUACGCCGCUCAGCGUGCCACCCCUAUUCCUGGCGUCCCAAAAUUCGAUUCCACUCGCGUGCUCGACGGCCAGCGCAAGAUUACCUUCUUCAAGCCCCUCCCCACUACAUCUGCCGGCCGCAACUUCGAGCUUCGCAACAAGGUCAUUGGUGUCUACGAUAAAGGCAAGUCUGGCUCCGUUGUCGAGAACCAGCUGGAUAUCGUGGACAAGGAGACGGGGGAGAGCUAUGUCCAGAUGCAGGGCAGCGCAUUCUUCGUUGGGCAGGGCAACUGGGGAGGCCCCAAGGGACCGGCUACGGAAAACUUCCCCCCGCCGGAAGGCAAGAAGCCGGACUGGAGUGUGGAGAAGCAGUUGACGCCUGAGUCGGCGUUGCUUUACAGAUUGAACGGUGACUACAACCCCCUCCAUGCCACCCCUGAGCCCGGACAGAAGAUGGGUUUCGGAGGAGCCAUCAUGCACGGGCUCUCGUCCUGGAACUUCGCCGCCUAUGCUCUGCUCAAUGCUGUUGGUGGCAGUGAUCCGGCCAAUAUAAAGGAAUUUCAGGCACGAUUUGCGUCGCCUGUCAAGCCGGGCUGCAAGCUCAUAACGGAUAUAUGGAGAACGGGCGAGAAGAAGGGGGAGUGGGAGGAGAUCAGGUUUAUCAUGAGAGUUGACGGUGGGAAGGUGUGUCUGAGCAAUGGGCGGGCCUUGAUGAAGAUUGCGACAGCAAAGAGUAAGUUGUAA